GGGAGUUACCAUCAACACUCGUCAGUUGUGUCUCAUUCUGUGAACACGUACGUUCGCGAAGCUCUCUCGUGGGCUCUCCACUCCCUUGGGAUAAAUUCGGGUUUCAUAAAUAACUAAUCCAAAAUGGCUUACCACGGUCCCUCCUACGGUCUCAGCAGGGAAUGCCAGAUGAAGGUUCUCAGAAAACUAACUAGAGAUGAAUUAUUCGCCAUGUUAGUUAGCCAGGCCAAGUUCGACCUCACCAGAGCUCGAGAAUCCUGCGAUUGGGUCGAAGGGGUCACCGGGUUGACUCUCGACUGGCCAUCCUCCGACGGGCUGGUCGAUCAGCUGGCCUUCGGUCACGCCCUCAAGGAUGGGGUAGCCCUUUGCACGUUAAUGAACGUCCUGCUUCCAGGAGCAGUCCCGCGCAUCAGCACUAUGAAAGCACCUUUCAAACAGCGCGAGAAUCUGGAGCUCUUCUUGAAGGGCUGCGAAAACUACGGACUCAAGAGCCAAGACUUGUUCCAGGUCAACGAUCUCUACGAGAAUAAGAAUCUUUAUAUGGUUGUCGACUGCCUCUUUGCGCUCGGUGGAUUGGCCCAGAAAAGAGGUUUCGAUGGUCCUGUCAUAGGCGUUAAGGUAGCAAUGGAGAACAAGAGGAACUUCUCGCAAGACAAACUGAAGGAGUCGCAGAAGAUCAUUGGUUUGCAGUAUGGCAGCAAUAAAGGUGCCUCACAGGCUGGUAUGACUGCCUAUGGCACUGGUAGACAGAUCAUUCCUGGAGAGGCCCAAAAAAUUGUAAGUACUGAUAGCCACAAGAUCAUCGGUCUUCAGUCUGGAAGUAACAAAGGAGCUUCUCAGGCAGGGAUGACACCUUAUGGAGCACCCAGGCAAAUUAUUCCUGAUGAUUCACAGAAAUUAAUUUCUGCGGAUGGCCACACCAUACUUACUCUCCAGUCUGGAAGUAACAAGGGUGCAUCACAAGCUGGCAUGACGCCAUAUGGAGCGCCCCGUCAAAUCAUUGCUGAUGAGUGUGUCAAGAAGAACAAACAUAAUCGCGAGAGGAGUAGUUUACCCCAUUCAGUAGAGGAUGUCUCCCAUGAUAGCCUGGGAUCACAUGAUGAAGAUUCUGCAUCAUCUGCUGUAGAUGAAGAUUCAUACUCCCAGUCAUCGGUCACAGAACAAGAGAUUGGCAUUGGGGACUCCGGAGAUUAUGAGCGGUAAACUGGAGACAUAUCAGUGUAGCAGGCCCUCCAUGCACCCUCCUUAUAGAAAACUUACGGCAUUUUUUUUUCUUUUCCAUCAGUUCUAUCAGCAUAUAGAUAUACAAAUAUUAUUUAAGAACCUUGUCAUUCCUUUAUUUGAAAUUGUGUGUAAUUGCUGGACAUUUUCUCAUACCCUUUCAAUAAUAAUUGUCUCCUCAUUACAUUAUUUAGUUAUCACCAAAUGUAACUAUUCAUAAGAUUACAUACCGUGUAUGACAUUCAAAAUUACAGUAUGCUUGAGCUUAUUUUAAUCAAAAGCACAUGCACAAUGAACAAUUUAUCUUGCAUGCAACCAGUUCUAGGACUUAAGUACUAGUUUGCAAAUAAUUAAUUUUAUAUGAUAACUUGUCCAUGCUUAACACUUAUUUUUAGCUACUCAAUUUUAUAUGUAAUUAUUUUUCAUAUAAUUAUUGCAGUACAGUGCACACGUUUUUGAUACUUUGAUUAUCAAAAGUUUAUGUAACUGACUCAUUUUUAGCAGAGCUUAAUUUGUUGUAGAAAGGUGUUGAAAGACUGUUUUAGCUGUUGGGCUUCAUUCCACAUGUAUGCAAUCCUUGAUGUUGUUGAGUUAUAUAGUUCACUUAAGAACCUCUGAUAUUGUCUUUAGGAUAACAAAAAUCUAUGUUCACUGUAAAUGUUAUCCUUCAUUAAUGAUUGUAUUGUUUUAUUUAUUUUUAAAAGAAAUGACAAGGUUGAAAGUGUUCUAUACCUUCUCUGCAACAAGGUCCAUAAAACAAUUGUAAUUUUAUCUUUCUAUACUACUAGCAUUUCACUUCCCUAUUGGUAGCUCAGUCCAGGAAAAAGAAAUUUUUCUUACCUCUCGUGAAGCAUAUAGCAUCUUUUUUUAUAGACUGACCUAGAAUGAGGGUAUGUUUAAAUCAUUCAACAUCUGCAAGAAGAAAAAGAUGGAGUAUGUGCCAUGCAGUCAGAAAGUUAAUGAUCAGUUUAAUUAAUCCCAUUAAACAACUCUUAUGUUCAAAGUUCCAAUGAGAGAAAGUAUUAUAGACUUAAAUUGACGAGGUAUGUCUUGUUGAGCAGUCUUAUAAAAAUCCAUUAGUCACAAAAGUCUGGUUCACUAUUUUAAUUAACAAUUUUAUUGGGGGGUUCAUAUUAUUCUGCUCUAUUCUUAAUACCAUAUUUUGUUGGAAUUUUAAACCACAAAUCUCAAUACAUCAUUGUUCCUGAUUCCAUCCACUGAUUUUUUGGAAGAAGCAUUUUAGAUUUCAGUAUGGCUCAUAGCUAAAUAUUUUUGUAUAUUUUAUAUUUAAAGUAUAGUUAUUUUAUUAGCAAUGAUGCCACAGAUAACUUUCUUACUAUCUUCCUUCCUUUCUGCUCAUUAGGCUAUCAAAAAGUGAUUGCCAUCUUAUCAUUACGUAUCAUGCAGAUGAUUGCAUUUAUACUCUAUCCAUUUUCAGUGUAUUUUCUUGAGCUUUAGUCUUCCAAUUGGUUAGUUGGGAUCAUUCAUCGCAUUUAUAUAAUUAUAAUAAUAAUAAUUUCAUAAUUUUAUGCAAUUUCUACAGAUUCCUUUAUUAUAAGAUUUUUAUAAUUAUCUUGAAAUUUUACUAACUAAUGUUAAGUGUUUUUACUGUGGUUCUCAAUAAAACAUUUGGCUGGUAA